AUGGCUUCUGCUUGUCUGUCGGAGGAGCUGGAGUGCCCCAUCUGCCUGAGCCUCCUCCGGAGCCCCGUCACCACCCCUUGCGGCCACAACUUCUGCCGGGGCUGCCUCCAGGCCCUUUGGCAGGCCUCCUCCUCCCCGUCGCUCCUCUCUUGCCCGCAGUGCAGGAGCCCCUUCGACGCCCGGCCCUCCGCCCUGGCCACCAACAGCCUCCUCUGCCGGGUCUUGGAGCAGAUGGCCGAGGAGGCCCGGGAGCCCCCGGAGGGCGGGCAGAGAGCCGCGGCGGCGGCGGCGGCGGCGGCGGCCCCCCCGGUGCCCUGCGACGCCUGCCUGGGCUCUCCUCCGUCGGAGGCCACGCACAGCUGCCUGACCUGCCUGGCCUCCUUCUGCGCCGAGCACCUGCGGCCCCACCUGCAGAGCCCGGCCUUCCGCCAGCACCACCGCCUCCUCCGGCCGCCCCUCCGCGACCUCCCCGGCCAGACCUGCCCCGAGCACGGCCGCCUCCUCGACGGCUACUGCCCCGCGCCCCUCCACGCCGCCCUGCUCUGCCCCGACUGCCGCCCCCGGCACCAAGGCCUCGCCUGCCCGGCCCCCCUCGCCCUCCCCCAGGCCAGGGCCCAGCAGCAGCUGCAGCUAAAGAAAAAAAUGACAGAACUUGAUGGGCUAAAUAAAAAGGCUUUACAGUCCUUGGACCAAGUCCAGGUGCAGCAGAAACAAACCAGUGGUAUAGCCUUACAAAAGUUGGAUUUGCUGAAAUCUGAAUUCCUGGAAAUGAUAGCUUUAAUUCAAGAAGUAGAAAAGGAAUGUGUGAAGAAGGUCCUCGCAGAAGAGAAAAGAGUCCUAGAUAAAUAUGAUUUUGUCUCUAAAGUCCUUGGCAAGAAGAAAAAUGAAAUCCAAGGCGAGAGAGACCAAAUUGAAAUGGUCUUGUCAGAAGAUGAUGACAUCGCUUUCUUAAGGAAAUCAGCAAAAUUAGGGCAGAUGCAAAUCAAAGAUGUAUUCAUUCCCAAAAUAGAUUUGGAUCAAAAGUUGAUACAAACUGUUUUUUCAAAAAGUUUUGACCUGAAAGAAACUCUGAAACAAUAUUUGACUCACCCUGAAAGGAAGGAAAAAAGAGGAAGCUCACAAGGGAAGCCCAACCUACAGACUGUAAAAAAGAACACUUCACUAAAUGCUCCAAAAGGAGGCAGUGUUCCAGCAAAUUCUUCAUGGGAGACGUCUGCAAAGGAGGCUGCUGCUGCUACUGACACCAAGCGGAGAAGCAGACCUGCUAAACGCUCACAAAGUCCCAGCCGGAAAGAACGGAGUUCAAGCAGGUCUCUGCCACGGACUCAGUCGGAGACUCUGGAAACCUUUUUAAAUAAAUCAAGAGAGGAGCUUUUGGAAUUUGCUACAAAAUUCAGUCUGGAUUACAACACAGCCCAUGAGAAAGUGAUUAUAUCAGAGAAAAACACCAAAAUGUCUGUGUCGGAUAUUCCCCAGAAUUACAGCUACCACCCUCAUCGCUUCACCUACUGCUCCCAAGUAGUAGCCUUCCAGUGUUUCAAAAAGGGCAUCUAUUACUGGGAAGUCGAGAUAGAGCACAGCAACUUCUGUGGAAUUGGCAUCUGCUAUGGGAGCAUGCCCAGGCAAGGAGUUGACAGCCGCUUAGGGCGUAAUAGCAGCUCGUGGUGCAUUGAAUGGUUCAAUGCCCGGAUCUCCGCCUGGCACAAUGACAUUGAGGAGUGCCUGCCGAACACCAAGGUGCAGAAGAUUGGUGUACUCCUGAACUGUAAAGGUGGCUUUGUGAUUUUCUUUGGUGUCGCUGAGAAAAUGACCCUCCUCCACAUGUUUCAGGCCCAGUUCACAGAAGCCCUCUACCCAGCUUUCUGGAUCUUCUCCAGUGGAACCACCAUCUCAAUCAGUCAGUUGAAGUGAAGGGUCAGGCAUACACCCCUGUGUGAUCUGAGUAUUUUUCUCUGAUUAUGUGAAACUCUAUACUUAAAAAGCAAUACUCUUUGCUGUUUGUGCUUGGAUCUAGGAAAUUAACACAUUUUGCAUUUUGCAAGCUUUUUUGCAUAUAGAAUGGGUUGAAAACAGCCUCAUGGUUUCUAGUACUCCUGACAUAAAUUGUUUCAGUAUGCAGGAAUAUUUGGGUUGAAAGGCUACAUGGAACAAAAUUUAAAUGACUAUGCCUAGGUGUUUCACUGUGUAAUUUUGAAAAUUAUGUAUGCAGUUCUACAGAAUAACUAGCAAAUGUCUCUACAGUUGGCCCUCUGUAUCCACAGAUUCUGCCUUCAUGGGUUCAAGCAUCCAUGACUUGAAAAUAUAUUUUUUAAAAAUCCAAAAAGCAAAUCUUGAUUUUGCCAUUUUAGAUAAGGGCUGCCAUUUUACUACACCACUGGAUUUAGUGUGACAUCAGCAUCCAUGAAUUUUGGUAUCCACAGGAGGGUCCUGGAACCAAACCCCAGCAGAUGCUAAGGCCCACUGUACAGAUUGCAAAUAAUAAUGUUGAUCUGCAAUUUUAAGAAAUUCAGAUUAGAAGUAAAUAGCAAAAAUGGUGUCUUAUAUUUGCUAGGGUCUUGCUUUUCUUUUCCUUCAUUUGUAACCUGCCUUUUGCCAUCUCAGACUGCGACAAAUGUAAUGUAUCUAAAACCACCUAGCCUAGUUAUCAGAUCUCAUUCAUUACAACAAAUCUAAUUCAUUGAAAGUUCAAUAAAUUAUUAUUGUUAUCAUUA